ACAAAGAAACGACACAUGGAGAUUUCCUAGUGUUUGGAAUUACUAAUUCUCAUAGUCUUUCUUUGUCUAUUUUAUAAAGAAAGCCUCUUCUCUGUCUAUAACAACUCAUACCAAAUCCCUUUAAAAUAUGUACACCACCAGAUUGUUAACUUGUCGUCUAUAUUUGUGUACUACAAUUAUUUAGCCGGAGAGAAAGUGAUACCAAACUCCUUUUAUAUAAUAUAACACACACUUUAUAUAGCAGUAUUAUAGAGUCACCAGACUAGCAGGGGCGUUUUCAUUUUACACAAUUGGUUCUUGAAAAGACGAUGAUAAUGAAGGCCCCUCCUUCAAAAGCAUUGAUCAUCAAAAUCAACUUAGUUUUCUUGGCUUGCUUCUUCGUUGCCUAUGCCGCGAUUAUUCUCAGCCAUUCAUCUUAUAAUACCGUUUAUCACCACCAAAACACAUUAUCCCUUGCUAAAUGUUCAUUGCGCAAAUGCCAUCAUAAGGUGGAAGGUGGGAUAAAGAUGAAAGUAGUAUUGGAAAAGCCAGUUAGGAAUGAGACAAAGGCCGAAAAGAAGCUUAUGGUGAAGCGUGAAAAGCCGAGUUUCUUGGAUGAAAUGGGAAGAGGAAUGCAGAUAGGGAUGGUGAAUAUGGACGACGAGGAUGUUACAGAAUGGAAGAUGCACGGAGAGAUGACACAAGUACAUUUCCAGAAAGUAUCGGACUUGUUUGAAUGGAAAGACUUGUUUCCAGAAUGGAUAGAUGAAGAAGAAGAAACAGAUGGUCCGACAUGUCCAGAGAUGCCAAUGCCACUGUUCAAAACUUAUGGUUACAUGGACAUGAUAGUAGUGAAAUUGCCAUGUGGAAAAAGGGAUGUUUUUAGGCUACAAGUGCACCUUGUUGCUGCAAACUUGGCAGUGAAGAGAGGAACAAGGGGUUGGAAUAAGAAGGUGAAGGUGGUGUUUUUGAGCAAGCGUAGGCCAAUGGUGGAGUUGUUUAGGUGUGAUAACUUGAAGAAACAUGAAGGAGAUUGGUGGUAUUAUGAACCUGACAUGGUUAAGCUACACCAGAAGGUUUCUUUGCCUAUUGGUUCUUGUAAUUUGGCUUUGCCUCUUUGGGGAAAAGAAAUCAAUAAGGUGUACGAUGUUUCUAACAUUGAAAAAAUUAGCUCAAAGACAACAAAACGAGAAGCAUAUGCCACUGUUCUCCACUCGAGUGAAGCCUAUGUUUGUGGCGCAAUUACUCUAGCUCAAAGCCUUGUUCAAACUGGAACCAAACGUGAUUUAAUCCUCCUUUUAGACAAGAGUAUCUCUAAACCAAAACAAGAAGCUUUAAUCAAAGCAGGUUGGAAGCUAAAGUUCAUCAAGAGGAUUCGAAAUCCAAAAGCCGAGAAAAACACAUACAAUGAAUACAACUACAGCAAGUUCAGGCUAUGGCAACUCAUUGACUAUAACAAGAUCAUCUUCAUCGAUUCAGACAUCAUCGUUCUUCGUAACAUGGAUGUUCUUUUCUACUUCCCUCAGAUGUCUGCUACUGGAAAUGACGGAUCCAUAUUUAAUUCAGGUGUCAUGGUGAUUGAGCCAUCAAAUUGCACGUUCCGCAUGUUCAUGCAACGUAGGGAAGAAGUUGUUUCGUAUAAUGGAGGUGACCAAGGGUUCCUUAAUGAAGUCUUUGUGUGGUGGCAUAGGUUGCCUAGGAGAGUGAAUUUCUUGAAGAAUUUUUGGUCGAAUAGUUCAAAUGAAGUUAGUGUGAAGAACCAAUUAUUUGGAGCUGAACCUCCAAAGCUAUAUGCUAUACAUUAUCUAGGGUUAAAGCCGUGGUUGUGUUAUAGGGACUAUGAUUGCAAUUGGGACAUUAGUGAUCAACGUGUUUAUGCAAGUGAUGUAGCACAUCGGACGUGGUGGAAACUCCAUGAUGCCAUGGAUAAGAGCUUGCACAAGUUUUGUGGGUUGACAAAGCGGAGGAAAAUUGAGUUGGAAUGGGGCAGAAAAAAGGCUGGGAAAAUGGGAUUUAAAGAUGAACAUAGGAGGAUUAAUGUUACAGAUCCUAGACAAUUUUCUUGAAUAUUGGCUUCUUCAAACAAUUUUCCCACUUUCUUUGUUUCUUUCUUUCUUUUAUUGCCUUCAAACUUCGUCAUAGAAUUCAUGAAUGUGGUCCUCUUCAACUUUAUUUAUGUUUAUAGAGAGAAUUGCAUAUUCUCUAUUUUUGGAGGAGAAUAGCAUAGCCACUAAAUCUAUCUUUAUUUCUCUCGCAAUAAGCUUUCAUCUUUGUAA